CCAUUUUGCCAAACGCUUUUCUCCCUCUUGUUGAAGUACACCAAGAGCACUAUCAUGACCCAUGGUAGCAUUUUUGGGACCUUAAAUGAUUUAGGGAGUAUAGUCGGGAGAGACUUAGGAGAUAUAGGAGCCCUAUUAUCGGGAGAAGAGCGUUUAGAAGAUCCCAAAAAUGCCACCAUGGGUCAUGAUAGUGCUCUUGGUGUACUUCAACAAGAGGGAGAAAAGCUAUUGACUUAUUAUAUAAUGUCAUCUUUAUUGUCGGCUACUGAGCCGCAUCAUAAUCAUUAUCAUUAUUCGCAGAGUCUAACGCCAGCAACAAAAACAAAAUAUUUAAGUAAAAGUUCCGAGUCAUUAUCAAAUGAACAAGCAAAAGAGAUAGGUGGUGGUGAAAUUUCAAUAUUUUCCACAAAUAAAGCAUUACAUCCAAAAUCGAUGAAAAAAUCUCAGACAGCAUUAACAGGUUUCGAUCAGCCAAAAGCGAAUACCACCGUAAAACAUCCUUCCACAUCGAAUCCUCAAAAUACUGGUGGUUUAAGACGUCGUUUCAGUUUAUUUCGCACAAAACGGUAUCAACAACAGCAACAAGCAAAACCAUCUUCCGAGCAUGAGUUAUUAUUGACAACAGCAGCACCUAUUGAGCUAAACUUAAAUGACAAUAUUCGUUUAUUACAAGAUGAAGUUAAACAACGUAAUACUAUCAUUGAAAAUUUACGUCAAGAAUUAAAUGUAAAAACACAAGAAUUAGAAUUGACGAAACAGCGUUUAUUUGAAUUAAAUAAUUCAUAUGAUAUUGAACAAGCACUACAAAUACAAACAAAAAUGAAUACACGUUUAGAAGAAAUGUUAACCGAAAAUGAAACAUUGAAAAAGAGUAUACAUGAUUUAGAAUGUCUUGCUCAACAGCAACAAUCAGAUACGAGCAAUAAUGCUCUUUUUUUUCAAAUUUGGAAUUCGCGAUCGCGAAGUCUCCCCAUGGCUCGCUAUAGCGCCGCGCGUCAAGCAGCGAUAUUAAACAAAGUUGCGGCUGGACUCUCGUAG